UCUGUCUAGGAAUCUUUAGAUCCUCCAGCACAACUCUGCCAGAGGUUUACUAUAGAGUCACAUUGGAGGACCUAGAGAUUCCUAUACAAAAUCCUUCUCUAGGCAUUUGUAGGCCCUCCAGUGCCAUUCCACAGUCAACUUCUGCCUCAUGCUGGCCAUAGAGUUGCACCGGAGAACCUUGAGAUUCUUAGAGAAGUGAUUUCUAUAGGAAUCUCGAGGUCCUCCAGUGUGACUCAGUAGUCAGCCUCUGGCAGAGUUGCAUUGGAGGACCUAGAGAUUCCUAGAGAGAACAUAUUAAUAAAACUCAUGAAUAAUCAAAUCUGCAAAAGAGUAGGUUUUUGUGGGUUUUUUUCACAUUCAUGGGGGUCCUGUGCCCCUUAUUCCAGCAAAUGUGGAGGGCUCACUGUGUAUGUAUGUGUAUAUAUAUCUGUCUCCUUGUCUGAUAUUGGGCAAAGGUGGGGAAUGAUAAUUAAAACAUGCUGCACUCCAUUGGGUUCCUGGGCUGGGCUGGUUACUCAGCUCAGAGGGAAUUUGGGGGAGAUUUAAUGGGGUGGAAAGGCUGUGGGUUAGCCUGUCAUCCCCCCCCCCCACCCUCAUUGCUAGCUACCUUCUUGGCUGGGCAGGCCAUAGUUGCUCAGCCAAAAAUACUUCCAUGAAUGAGUAGAGUUGCACAACGGAUCAUGUGUUCAAAAUGGGACGGUGCGACAGGGUCAAAGCUAUUCCUUUCCUACUCCCUCCCCCUGAUGAUCAAUGCUGUGGUGAUCCUUGAUGCUCUUUCUCCUCCUGAAUUCUUCUCAAACAUGCCUUUGGAAAUUUGCUGCCAAUGGAGUUUCUGUUCUCAGCUUAUCGAUCCAUUCUCUGCAAAUAGCACCAGCUCCAGAGAGAGAUGGCAGCACUCAUAGUGUUGAGUGUGAAAGAGGAAGCUAGUGGGGUAGGAUAGGAUGGGAUGCAGACCCCCUCCAAAGAUGAAAAAUAGGACCUGUGUGCCUGAGCCUGAUCAAGAUGAUGAAAAGUUAUUAAUGAGGAAGAACGGACAAGCUAGGAUGGGCUGAAGCCGUUUGCUUCUGCCUGAGCCUACUGGGAAGCGCAAGAGACCUUCCCUCCUUUCUCCAACCCCAGGUUACUGAGUACAAACUACUUUGGCACUUUGAAAUCACUUUGCACCAUUUGAGGCAGGCCAAGAAACAAAAGGAGAACGCGAGAGGAGGAGAGAAACCGGGACAUUUUAACAGCAGCUGAAAAGGAUUAAUCGGGACUGUCCCUGCCAAACCGAGACAGUUGAGGUGGGGAUGGGAUGGGAAAGCAGCGAAGCUUUGCUGUUAAUUUCCUAAAAGGACAUGGAAUAAUAAAAAAAGUCUUCCUGUACUACCUGCAGGCUGUGCCAAACCAGACCUUUUUUUUCCAGAUGGAAGUAAAGUAAGGCAGCUUCCACUUUGCAAUCCAAUUUGUUCUUUUCAAAAGCAAACUCCCCCUUCCCCCAUUUUCUUUGCUGGGAGACAAUGGAGCUUUUCAAGAGUUGCCUGAAUUGGAUGGUCCUCUUUUUCUGGCUGUGGGCAUCAGGAGGAGACAGUUUCCUCAUCAGAAAUGCCCGCCUAGAAAAGUGUAUCCAUGCCUCUUCCCAUGAAGCUGAAAAAGUCAGCCUAUCCGAAUGCAAGCCACAUUCCCACUACCAUCAGUGGAGCUGGGAUGCAACCACUCAUGCUGUGGUCAACCUCAAUACUGGACAGUGCCUCUCAGUCUCUCAUGCAGAAGAAUUUGCCUUGGCUCAUCUGGAAGCCUGUGGAGGAGAUGGGCUGCACCAGGCUUGGGUCUGCAGCAAAAAGGGUCACCUCACCCUACAAGGAUUAGGUCUUCACCUCACCACAAAACCGGGUGGGCACAAGGCCUUCCUCUCCCAGGAGAAGGACAAGUUCAGCCGGUGGAAGACGCUGGCCAACAAAAUUGUCUGUGCCACAGAUCCAGCAACUAUAAAUCCUGGAUUUGGAGAUCUGGUGGAAGAAUCUCUAGUCCCCUCGGUGUGGGUCCUGGAAAAUAAAACUACUGCUUUAAACAAGCUUCACUCCUUUUCUGUGGAGACCACAACCGCCCUUCCAGACACCAUCUGGGGGGACUUGCCAAACAUAACCAGCACUCUUCCAAAAAAUGAAGGUACAAGUUUUGAGGAAGAUCAAGAAAGAUAUACCCAUCAUAAAAAGCAUCCAAGGAAAGCAGCAAGUUCCCGACAUACAGGUGCCAACUGGAAAACUGUCAUGCUUGUCCUGAGCCCGCUGGCUUUUAUACUGGGACUAGUCAUACUUCUGCUGAACAUCCAUUACAACAGGAAGAAGAAGAUGCUGUCUGCCCUGAAGAGCCGUCAGGUGAGACAGGAGGCCUACCUGUCCUUACCUGGGACAACUACCACCAGCCCUAAGAUGCAGAUGGCCCCAGCAUCCCCUUCGCUGAAGCAUGGUGAAAUUUUGAUCGAAUGGAAAGAUGGGACAAUCACCCCGCUCUUUGACAGCAUGAACUAUAAGAUAUGCUAAUGUUACUUGAGCUGAACCUGUGGUUUUCAAGAGUAGCACAUUUGUGCAGGGUGCCUUUUUACUGCUCUUAGAGGAUACGGCACUUUUACAAAGCCUUCUUCACUAGCCUAAAACUGAAUCCACAUGACACAAUUACAGCACUAUGGUUCCAUUUAAACUGUCAUGGUUCCAUCCUGUGGAAUCCUGGUGUUUGUAACUGUUGGAGAGAUUAGAUUAUCUGUCGCUCUCUAACAGAGAAUCCUAAAUACCUCCAGUCCAAACUACAAAUCCCAGGAUUUUGUAAAUUGGAGUCAUGGCUGUUAAAUGGUACAAAACAGAUGUAAUGAUGGAAUGCAGAUUCACCCUUCUUCAUACAAAAGCAGGAAACCUAAAGGCAACUGUAAAACACCUUUGUUUGCCACAACACACACACACACACUGGUGGACACAGAGUUUUAGGUUGUUUAAAAUAUUCAAGCAGGUGAGCUAAAAAUAUAAUAGAUAUGUCAGCAAUUAAGCCUCUGUGCCAAUGGAAUUGGGUUGAGGGAAUGUGGCAUUCUUAAAGACUAGCAACGUAUUUAGCUGAUCUCAGGUUUUCAAAGGCUUAUGAAAGCUAUGUCUGAUUUUUAAACCACAGCAACACAAUACUAUCCCUAAAGAGCAAUGGAAUGUUUUGACUGUGUAAGGUGUCGUUCUGCAUUCACUCUCAAUAGGUUCAACUAUGCCACUGCUGUAUGCUUUACUAUCUGGAUAUCACUAACUGAAUGCCUUCACUCAAAUGCUACUUGUUUUAAACAUGACUCAAAAUAAAGUACUAAAUAUCAGUGCGGCUACUUAAGCAACCAACAAAGUUUUCUUGUACUGGUCACUACAAUUUUGCAUGGACUUCAAUAAAGGGCUGCAUUUUCCCCCUGG